AUGAACACAAACCUUUUGAACGAAAACGCCCUUCGCGCGUUGAAGCGCGCUGAGAUACAACAACUGGCGAAGACCUUAGACAUCAUCGACGCGUUGGUGUCUAGGCAUCCCGAUGGCGUUGAGCCAUUGAGAAAAGAACAAGGGCCCGUGAGGAGGUCGAAACGUCUCGACAUCACGGAGCCUAAAGAAGAGGAGGCAGAAGAGGAAGUCGAGAUUCAACCAGCGAUAUACGGCGAAAGUAUAUCGCAAUAUAGACCGCCAAGGCUGAGAAAGAAGCCGAAGGUCGUCGUCGAGGAGGAUGUGUCCGACGAGGAGGAUGAGGAGACUGUCAGGCGGCAGCUCGAGCCACACCACCACAUCGCCGCCGCCGCCGCCGCCGCCACCGUCGCGGCCACUGCGCCACUGACGAGCCUCUCAAAGACGUGCGCGCGGCGCGCAACUCUCCAGCGGCUCGGGCCCAACCCGUGCCUCGGUUUGUUCAAGGGUCAUCAAGACUCUUUGGAACCGAAGCACCGGUGCAGCAGCACCAGCGGGAACACCUCAUGUCAGGGGCCUCUUGGAGGUCAUGGACCAGUUCGGGAUAAACCCCAGCCACUCGGAACGGAAUGGGAGCACGACCUCAGCCCCAACUACGUGCCGCCCGACUCAGCGGCGGAUGCUGGGCCCACUCGUAGCUACUUCUUACCUGGACGCAGGCCCCAGCUCUCGCCACUCCGCAUCUCCCCGUUGUUCCACCUCCGACCCGCCCCCGCCAAUCCGCGCCCGCGCCUGUACCAAUCGACGCCGCGCAACGUCGAACUCCCACCACGGCCGCCCGUCUUCACGCGGCCUCCUCCUCCCCCGCCGCCCGCGCAACCCGAAGCGGGCCCAUCGAAGCUGCCUGCUCAGGCGGGGCCUUCGCAUCGCCGCGCGCCGUCGUGGUCGCAGCUGCCCGAGGAAGGGUCCGACAACCCAUUCUUCGUCCGUCGGACCCCAACUCCUGAGCCUUCGCCCUUCCCGACGGGCGCGCUCGGGCCGUAUAUCCACAAGCAACCAGUGGUACCGCGGAGCCCUGUCCCCCAGCUGCAGCCAGUCGCCGGCCCUUCAAGGCUCCGCCUCGAUCCACACGAUGGCCGUUUUAGGCUACCCGAGACGCCAGAGCACGUCCGCCGAGAACGCCGCGAGCCCUUCGUGGCUCUCAGCGACGAAGAGGUCGCAGUGCGACAGCCACGCCACUCCGUGUCUCGGCCUCAGCGUGUCCCUCCGCCUGCGGAGAUGACCUCGUCCGAGGACCAGGAGAACGACGAGAACGACGAGGCGGCCGCACAAGUCACGUUUGCGCCCGUGCCCGCCGCACAAGCCGGUCCGUCGGGCCACCCCAGCAAUGCUGCCGACGAUGAGGACGAGCCCACCAGCCCGCUCGGAGACGUUUAUAAUGCUUUCCUGGCCUUCGCGGCACAAGACGAACCCCCCGAGCCUGUCAACGGCAUCGAGCUCAAGAAGCGAGCAUACGCCACGCUCCACAGCGAAGUCAUCGACCGCCUUGACGACGACGUCGAGUCGGACAAGUCGGAGGAUGAGGAGGACGUGGAGGACGCCAGACUCGCGGAGUUGCAGAAGCAGGUGAAGGCGGUGUACGAUGCCGCCGUUGUUGCCGCUUUCGCCGCCGACGGGGAGCCUCCGGUGCGGACCAAGGGGAUGAAUAAGACUAUCGCACUCAAGCUCAGGGAUGAGGCCCGUGCCGCUGUUCAGAAGCUGCGCGGUUUGAAGGCGAAGAGGAAGCAGCUCAACGAGAUGAUUGACUUCCUCAAGGCGCAGUCGAAAUUGGUUGCAGAGUGGGUCAUCGAGAUGCAUGCGAAGCGCAUAGUCACCGAGAGACUCAUAGCGGAACUGAAGGACCCGGCUUCUGGCUGGCUGCAGGGGAAGUGGAGGCCGUCGCUUGUCCAGAUGAUGCAGGCUGCAGGGGAGCUGCUGCCGGACGAGUACGACGAGAGUGCGCUCUACUGGGACGAGAUCCCUUCCUCGGUGGAAGAGCCGCAGAGGCCGGGGCCACCAGUGGACAUCGACGACACCGAAUUCUUCUGCACCGAAGACUUCGAGCCCCCCAACUUCAGCUUGUCGCCCCUGCCACCGUCGUCCCCUCCCAUCUCGGAUUCAUUGCCUGCCAUCGAGCAAAGCCCGGAGCCGGUGACCCCCCCUCGACGUACUCGGGGUGCUGUACCGCGGCGACGGAAGCCCGAUUCGGACGAGCUCGACGGCGAAUCCUUCGAGUCCCCUGACAGUGGAAGGCGUCCGAAGGCUUUCCAUCCAUCGAAAAUGGUUGACGAGGCCGAGCGUGGUCCGACUGCCUCGUUCGCGCUGCGGCCUGCACGCUUUACGCCCAAGUCGGGCCGACCGUCCUUCGUCGCGGAAUAUGGUUCGUCAAUCUCUCAGUUCAAGAAGCGACGACGAGGCGACGACGAGGACGAUGCCGAGAACGAAGCGAGCUCCGACAGUGGUCGGGAGUCGGAUUCUGAGGGUAGUGAACACAGUGCCAUCUCUCAGCCGACGGCGGGUCCUAGCCAGCCGCGAGGCUAUGUCCCCAAGCCUGUUCCAGGUUACAACGGCUUCGAAGGCGACGACUCCGAACCGGACUAUCCGUGGGGAGGAUCCUACGACGAGCGAGACAUAUAUCGGGUUAUUGGAAGAAGGGAGAGCCUGUUCCCGUCACCCAAACGCGCUCGUCGCAGUUGA